UAUAUAAAACUGAUAUUUGUAUCUGAUACCCAAAACCUGUCUCAGAAAGCAAUCUUCUCCUCCUUACCUUAUCCCUCUCUUCGUCUCUGUAUCUCUCAUGUUCUCGUAAAAACCAGAACUUUGUGUUUCUGUAGGUACUUGUAGAGAUAGAGAGGGAGGUAAAAAAUGCAAGCAGUUCUACGGACAAAAGGGCUUCUCUCUCUACCUUCAAACCCCAAACCCAGGGGUUUCAACCCACCACCACAGGGGCUCAGCCAUAGAUUCAGUCCCUUAAAUCCCUUAAAACCCAAAAAUCUUUCUGGGUUUUCAUUAUCUCUCGAUGGUUGCCAAAAAUUCCAUGGCUUUGUCACCAAACCUCAUGUCAUUGGGCAAAAGAACAGGACUUUUCAUAUAUGCAAGGCUAAGGCUGCAGCAGCAGCUGAUGGACAGCCUGUAUUUGGAGAAAUUGAGUCACCCAAGUUCAUGGGCAUUGAAAUUACAACCCUCAAGAAGAUUAUACCACUUGGGUUGAUGUUCUUUUGUAUACUCUUCAAUUACACAAUUCUUAGAGACACCAAAGAUGUAUUGGUUGUUACAGCUAAAGGGUCAAGUGCUGAGAUUAUACCCUUCUUGAAAACUUGGGUCAAUUUGCCUAUGGCUAUUGGGUUUAUGCUGCUGUAUACAAAAUUGGCUAAUGUGUUGUCAAAGCAGGCUCUUUUCUAUACUGUUAUUGUACCCUUUAUUGGCUUUUUUGGGGCAUUUGGUUUUGUUUUGUAUCCUCUCAGCAAUUAUUUCCACCCCACGGCUCUUGCUGAUAAGCUUCUAGCCAUGCUUGGUCCUAGAUUCCUUGGCCCGCUUGCAAUCAUGAGGAUCUGGAGUUUCUGUUUGUUCUAUGUCAUGGCUGAGCUUUGGGGUAGCGUGGUUGUAUCAGUGCUAUUUUGGGGACUUGCUAAUCAGAUAACUACAGUUGAGGAAGCCAAAAGAUUCUAUCCUCUGUUUGGACUUGGAGCUAAUGUUGCCCUCAUUUUCUCUGGUCGUACUGUAAAGUACUUUUCUAAUAUGAGGAAAAAUUUGGGUCCUGGUGUUGAUGGUUGGGCCAUAUCCCUGAAAGCUAUGAUGAGCAUUGUGGUGCUUAUGGGGCUCACAAUAUGUGCUCUUUAUUGGUGGGUGAAUCAGAAUGCCCCUCUUCCAACUCGUAGUAAGAAGAAGAAGGAAAAACCAAAAAUGGGGACAAUGGAGAGCUUGAAAUUCUUGGUGUCUAAAAGAUACAUCAGGGAUCUUGCCACUUUGGUGGUAGCAUAUGGUAUUAGCAUCAACCUUGUUGAGGUUACAUGGAAAUCGAAGCUCAAAGCUCAGUUUCCAAGCCCAAAUGAGUACUCUUCCUUCAUGGGUGACUUCUCGACGGCUACUGGAAUAGCAACUUUCACAAUGAUGUUGCUAAGCCAAUGGAUUUUUGACAAAUAUGGGUGGGGAACGGCAGCCAAAAUUACACCCACAGUCCUACUGCUCACAGGAGUGGGUUUCUUCUCUCUAAUUUUGUUUGGUGAUCCGCUUGCACCUGUUCUCACAAAGUUUGGGAUGACUCCACUUUUAGCAGCUGUAUAUGUGGGUGCAAUGCAAAAUAUCUUCAGCAAGAGUGCCAAGUACAGUUUGUUUGAUCCUUGCAAGGAAAUGGCUUAUAUUCCUUUGGAUGAGGACACCAAGGUUAAAGGGAAGGCUGCUAUUGAUGUUGUCUGCAACCCGUUGGGGAAGUCUGGAGGCGCUUUAAUUCAGCAGUUUAUGAUCCUAACUUUUGGGUCACUCGCAAACUCAACUCCAUACCUUGGAGGUGUACUUCUUGUGAUUGUUCUUGCAUGGUUAGGGGCUGCCAGGUCUUUGGAUACCCAGUUCACUGCAUUGCGGCGAGAGGAAGAGAUUGAGAAGGAGAUGGAAAUAGCAGCUGUGAAAAUCCCAGUCGUGGCUGAAAACGAAAAUGGAAAUGGAUCACUUGUAGGUGGCUCAGCCCUGAAUCCAACUGGGGGUGAUUCAACCACCACUUCAUCCGAAACUUCAUCUCCUCGCAAUGCAUGAUGAAAAUGUUCCAUUACUCACAGAAAAAGGAGGAAUGAGCAAAAGAUUACUAGAAGGAUUUAUCAGGUGGUUUGUUGGUUUUAGGAUUGUACGAUCUAUAGAAAAAUUCCUGGUAGUAGGUUUUUUUUUCCUUUGAUUUACAAAAUAAUCAGAACCCAAGCAGUUUUUCUGUAUCAUUUGAUUGUCCCUGAUGAAUCAAGAUUAUUACUUUCAUUCAUUCUUCCUGAUAGAUUAAUCAGUAUCUUGAUUGUAUCAGCCAGUAAAGCAUUUUUAAAGCAUGUUUGGUUGUGAGAG